UCAUCACGCCAGUAUUUAGUUGGCAGUGUUUGUGAGUGGCCGCGUCGAACGUUUUGUUAAAACAAAAUGACUUUGUUGUGUCAAAUAUUACUAGAAAAAGCGAAAGAAGGAGUGUUUAGAUCCGGUGACAGUGUGCGAGGAACAUUAAAGUAUUCCGUAGACGAACCAACGAAGUACGAAACUAUAUACAUAAGGUUUGUGGGCCAUGGCAGCGUUAACUGGACAGAAUCUGAUGGAGACGACAGAAAAACCUAUAAUAACAGAGAAGAAUACGCAGAUCUAACUCAGUAUUGCCUCAAACCAGACGAAGAUAAUGUUCUAAAGGGUUGCUACAGUCAUCCCUUUGAAUUUCUAAUCCCCGAUGAUAUACCAAUAUCCAAAAAGGAUGGUGUAUGCCACAUAUACUACAAAGUCGUCGCUGUAUUUGUGAAGUCCGAAGGCUUUUUUAAAACGGAGAAGUUUGACACAGAAAUCCCAGUGUAUGGCUACGUAAACAGAUGUUCUCCUGAGCCAUUAAUAUUCGGAUUACAGAAGGAACUAUUUUCUCUAACGACAACUAACAAAAUCAACGUGAAAGUAGAAAUUGAUAAAACAUUUGUUACACCGGGUGAAAAUAUUAAUCUAAAAGUGACAGUUAAUAAUAAUACAGACAUUCCUAUAACUAUAAGAACAGAGCUUGUCAAGCGUUUUACCUAUCGUGCAGAUGAUGGUCAUACAAGAGUGGACACUGUUACUGUAAUUGGCACUGCUGGCAAUUCUCCACCAAUGAAAGAACGGAGUAUAUCGAACUUGACGUGUAUCGUGCCUACAUUACCAAGUUUAUACUCUAUACAACACUCAAAGAUGGUGGAUGGAGCUUACAGAGUGAGGGUAACUGCUGUUGUCCCUUUUCCUCAUAUAAAUGAGAGUGCGGACGUCCCAGUGGUCAUUGGAGAAGGGAAAGAUCUUCUUGGUGCUACAGCGAAACAUGUAGAUGGUAAAGCGUUAUGUCCAGAAACUCCAGUUGAUGAGAAAAAUGAUAAAGAUUUAGAAGGAUUGAAAGUGUAGUGAUUAGCAAAUAGUGAUGGACACUAAAUAGUGCAAGUUACUGUGAUUUCUUUUGAAGUGCAAUGAACACUUAUGUUUUAUCUUUUAAUAGAUAUAAUUUAUCAUUCCACUUUAUUGUCAUGUUGUAGGGAACAACCUACGUGUAGUAUUUUGGCGAAUUAUUACAUAGUCUACUUAAAUAUAUUUGUUAUAAUGUUCCUUAUGUUUACCUAUGCUUUUUAUUGAUGGAUUAAAAUGAAAUAAUAAUUGAUAUAAACCGGA